AUGGAUCAAGGGGGAGACAACAGUGACAAAAUGUAUGAAGGUUUGGAACCUGAUUUUGAAGAAAUGUAUGAUGAUUUGGAUCCUUAUUUUGAAGAAAUGUAUGAUGAUGUGAAACCGAAUUUUGACGCUAUGAAUGACAGAGUUGAGCCUGUUAUGAUUGAUUUGAUUGAUGUGUUUACCACCGGCAUGAUGUUCGAUACACGAGAUGAAUUAUUGAAAUGGGCUAGAAAUGUUGGAAGGGAAAAUGGAAUUGUUGUUGUGAUUUUUAGAUCUGAAACUGCGACAGCACGAUCAAGAACAAAGACAAAAUUAAUUCUUGGUUGUGAAAGAAGUGGUAAAUAUAGACAUUGGAAGAAUCCUAAUCUUACGAGGAGUACUUGGACUAGAAAAUGUGAAUGUCCAUUUAGAUUGAGAGGAACACGAUCAAGUGUUGGUGAUGAAUGGUAUUUGCAUGUAAUAUGUGGUCUCCAUAACCACGAAUUGGCCAAAAAACUGACCGGUCACUCUUUCUUAUGCCGAUUGUCACAAAAUGAGAAAAAUGUACUUGGUGAUAUGACAAAGAACUUGGUAAAACCAAAAAACAUUUUAAUGACACUGAGGGAUCACAACGUUGAAAGUUUGACGACAAUAAAACAAGUUUAUAAUGCACGUUAA